AAAAAACCUAAAAAAAAAAAGAGAGAAUAUGUCGUUGGUGUACCAACUUCCGCUGAGCUCUGAUUAUAAACUCUCACGGCUUCUCACUCAGUAGCAACAAAACUUUGCCUUCUCCAAAACCAGAUCUGAAUCUAAACCUUUCUCAGAUUCGUCAUGGCUUCCUCUAACUACGACGGAAUCCUUCUUGGAAUGGGUAACCCACUUCUCGACAUCUCUGCCGUCGUCGACGAGGAAUUCCUCACCAAAUACGACGUCAAGUUGAACAAUGCGAUUCUCGCGGAGGAAAAACAUUUGCCCAUGUAUGAUGAGAUGAGCAGCAAGUUCAAUGUUGAGUACAUUGCCGGAGGUGCUACUCAGAACUCAAUCAAAGUUGCUCAGUGGAUGCUUCAAAUUCCUGGGGCAACCAGUUACAUGGGAUCCAUUGGAAAGGACAAAUACGGAGAGGCGAUGAAGAAGGAUGCUACAGCAGCUGGUGUCAAUGUUCACUAUUAUGAAGAUGAGUCGGCACCUACUGGAACUUGCGGUGUCUGUGUUGUUGGUGGAGAAAGGUCGCUUAUUGCGAAUCUUUCAGCUGCAAACUGCUACAAGGUUGACCACCUUAAGAAGCCUGAAAACUGGGCAUUGGUUGAGAAGGCCAAAUUCUACUACAUUGCUGGAUUCUUCCUCACGGUAUCGCCUGAAUCCAUUCAGCUUGUAUCUGAGCACGCUGCUGCAAACAACAAGGUGUUCACAAUGAACCUCUCUGCUCCAUUCAUCUGUGAAUUCUUCAAAGAUGUACAGGAGAAGUUCUUGCCGUACAUGGACUUUGUUUUCGGCAAUGAGACAGAGGCUAGAACCUUCUCCAAGGUUCAUGGCUGGGAGACCGAAGAUGUGGAACAAAUAGCCAUCAAGAUUUCACAGCUCCCCAAGGCCACAGGAACAUACAAGAGGACCACGGUGAUUACACAGGGCGCAGACCCAGUGGUUGUUGCUGAAGAUGGAAAGGUGAAGAAAUACCCUGUGAUCCCUCUCUCCAAGGAGAAGCUUGUUGACACCAACGGUGCAGGUGAUGCAUUUGUGGGAGGAUUCAUGUCACAGUUGGUGAAAGGGAAAUCGAUUGAGGAGUGCGUCAAGGCCGGUUGCUACGCGUCAAACGUGGUGAUCCAAAGAUCUGGCUGCACUUACCCUGAGAAGCCCGACUUCAACUAAACUGAUACUUGUGUCAUCCUCAGUUUUGUGAUUUCUUCCAAAUAAACAAGCAUCUAUAUUAUUCAACGUACUCUUCACGAUUAUUGCUCGAGUGUUCUUCUUUGGCUUUUUUUGUUUUGUUAUCACCCUUUUGUUAUCACAAUCAUUGAUAAUUUAAUAUCAUUAUUACUAUAUAGGUUGGGAAAAAGCCAUAUUUUGCUCCUCAAGUUAACUUAUGUAGAUGUAAUGCAAUCAAGCUACUAACUAAAAAUCGCUCAUAUUACAGCACUCUUAAUUAUUUCUACAAUAGAUCUCAAAUGGAUUAGCAAAACCUUGUAACCCUCUGCUCGAGUUAGAGACUCGUCUCGUCAACAUCAUGAUUCAAAUGGACUCUCUCAGAUUAGCAAAACCUUGUAACCUUCUGCUCGAGUUAGAGACUCGUCUCGUCUCGUCUCGUCUCGUCUCGUCAAGAUCAUGAGUAACGUGGAGAAGCGCAACGGAGGACCUCGAGGAAGAGAGUUUCGUCGCAAGGGAUACAAAGCUUCGAAUCUCCGGAAGUGAAAUCGUCGUAAGCUUCGUCUUUUGACUGAUCAAGCAAAGCCCUGAAGAUGGGAUCAUGAAGCAACUUGAUCUUGAUCACGAACCUCUUGUAACUCUCUUCCUCUUUUCCUACGUACACCACUAAGUGUCCCUUUGGUACGUCAUGUGGUAUAUGAGGUUUCUCGGCGGCCGCUCGAUGCUUGGCUACUCUGCUUGACAUUUGCUUCCAUGCCUUUGUGAUCUUGCUCUUCUUCAUCAUGAUUAUGAAAGAGAGAGAGAGAGAGAGACGUUUUUGGGGGCUAGUGUGAG